AUGACGGAGCCAUGGAGGCUACAAAGCGAAGCAGAUCUCUUCUGGUGGCCGUUGUCUCCCUCUGCUGCCACCUCCAGCACAGCGGUCGGAUCCACUGAUCAGGAGCAAGCAGACCAAAUCACCGGAGACUCAAGCCAUGACCUGGACCAGCGCGAAAAAAAGCCCGAAGAACCGCACAGGGCCGAGCCGGCAAGAGUUCCAGAGCUGACCAGAUGCAAGUCUGCUCUACCAGCUGGCAGUGUCACACUUGCUCGUGCACGAGCACUAUCACAGAUGGCCAUGGAAGAUUUGUCCAAACCAGCAGAAGCCCGAGCAGAUUCUUCCUAUGUGCAAAAGCUGCGCGAGGAGUGUGCAGCAGCAACCAGCCGCAUUCAGGCCAACGUGUCGUCGGUGGCAAAGCUUUCAGGAGCAUGUCGGGCUUUGGAGGCGCAGCUCCGAGAUGUGGAGGAUGCUAGGAGCCGAGUGCGCCAUGCUCGGAACCUCCGCUCCACAGAUGUGUCCGUCUGCCAACGCCGAUUGGAGCUGCUGCAAGAUUUGGACUGGGUUGGAGCCUCGGCCUCUGCCGAAGGCAGAACCGCUCAAGGGACCGCUUCAAGCUCAGACGGAGUGCCAGAAACCGCACAGAAAAAUCUGAUGGAGGCAUUGGAGGUGGAGCAGGAGGCUUUGUUGUUAAUGCGUCGAGAGCUCGAUGUUCUCGAUGAUGAAAUGGUUGCGGCCAGUGCAGGGCUCGUCGAGUUGCACGCGUGCUUGAAGCAAGAAAUGGCUCAGCGCCGUGCAGCGGUACGACAGGAUUCUGCAGCCAAGCGGAAGCAGGAAAGCGACGGCACCUACAUGUCAGUGGGGGACAGCUGGCGCUUCUGGGUCAAACGCGUGAAGGCCGCUCAGAUGGAGGCACAGCAGCUGUGCCAGAAGGCCUCGUCCACCAUCCAGUAUACUGACUUGGAGUGCUCCAAGGCCCAGCGAUCUGCACAGGAAUGCCUGUCUCAGUGUAGCAGUGAGCAGCGGGAGCUGAGAAGAAGGUUCGACACACAGUUGAAGGACGUGGAGUUUGCGAUGUCCUGUGCUGAAUGGACUUUGAAGAAGCCGGAGAACAGGUCCAAGACCGCCCAUGGUGAGGCCACUAACGUGCAGCGCUCAAAUGUCCUGCUCCAUGAGCUUUCGACGACCCAAAAGAAUCUGCGAUGCCUUGUCCGGCAAUGCAAGCGGGACCUCCAGAUCCUCGAGGCCUGCCGCAAUGUGACCCCAGCAAACAUUGGGGCCACAGGUGCGGUGAAGCCCCAACCACAAUGCAAGGGCAAGCCGGGCAAGCGGAGCCGCAGCGCGGUGGAACUCCGCAAGCUGCGGAGUGAUGGUGAUAAAGUUCCGUGCUCCCAUCUGCGAGACGAGCUGCAGCACUUGUCGGAGGAGCAGCAGCAGAUGACAAAAGGUCUUCGUGAGUGUGAGUACGGAGUUGAGAGGUGCGCUGCAUGGGCUUCUGUUCUUUCAAAUCUGGAAGACAGGGUCACUGAGGUUCUGCUUCGCCGCAGAUAG